AUGUUUGUCAUUGCAAUGAAGAGAAACUGCUAUUUGGAUCUUCGUUUUCGUUCUUCAUCUGCUUCAUCGCCCCAUGAUUCAAUGAAUGAGCUGUUGAACAUGAACAAAAAUGUUGUGGGCAUUCCACAUGGUGGCAGUGGUCGCCACAUGCUUGACGUCAUAGAACUUCAGGCAAGGGUGAUAAUAUGGUUGGCAAGCCAAAAAAGGGAUGGUAGCACAGAAGCAGCUUCUGCCACGUCGCUUUCCUUGCAAUCACAAGCGUUGCUAAUGCAUGCCCCCCAAGGUUUUUCAAUUAAGACAUCCCUGCGGAAUUUCCUUCACAAGAGGAAGAAAAGGUCCCAAAAGUCACACCCCCAUUAG